AGAUACCCGUUCACCCCUCGCUCUCGCUGCCACUUCUCCCGUUCGGCCUCUUUUUCCUUCCACCAAUGGAAGCUCUCACAGCCCGCUCCUCCGUACUCUCGCCGCCGGGGAUUGCCGGAGACACCUCGCCCUCCCUUCCCCUGCCCCUCCGCCGAGCCUCCGCCGCGUUUCUUGGGCCUCGCAGGAGCCCCUCCGCCCUCGCCAUCUCCACGCGCUGGCUGCGCGCUCCGCCUCGACGCGGCGGCCGCCUGCUCGCGGGGGAAGGGGAAGAAGUGCCCCCCGACCCCGCCGAUGACGCGGCUGGCCGGGCGGAAGAUUUUCUAGUACUCGAGAAUAAUGUAACUCUACGCCAAAGCAAUGACAUGGAUACCAUUAAACAUGAUGAUGCUGGCACUUCUGGAAUUGGUGGGAGUAACACUGGUGGCUCUAGGACUGGCCUAUUCAGAACACCUAUUUCAGGUGGUGUGCACAGUGCAACUGCUGUUCAUGAUUUACCACCACCAGCUUUGGCUGUUCGCAACCUCAUGGAACAGGCAAGGUUUGCUCAUCUGUGCACUGUAAUGUCUCGGAUGCAUCACCGCCGUGAGGGAUACCCAUUCGGUUCCCUAGUAGAUUUUGCACCUGACCCAUUUGGCCACCCGAUCUUCUCAUUAUCCCCACUAGCUAUCCACACAAGAAAUUUGUUGGCAGACCCAAGAUGCACCCUUGUUGUACAGGUUCCUGGAUGGAGUGGGCUAUCAAAUGCACGAGUAACUAUCUUUGGCGAUGUCAUUCCGUUGCCCACUGAACAACAGGAAUGGGCUCAUCAGCAGUAUGUUUCAAAGCACCAGCAGUGGGCAUCCCAACAGUGGGGUAACUUUUACUAUUACAGAAUGCACACAAUAAGUGACAUAUAUUUCAUUGGAGGUUUUGGUACUGUUGCUUGGGUAGAUGUGAACGAAUAUGAGGCUCUGCAACCUGACAAGAUUGCUAUGGAUGGAGGGGAACAAAAUCUGAAGGAACUCAACGCAAUGUUCUCAAAGCCUCUGAAAGAGCUUUUGUCAACUGAUGAAGGAGAGGUAGACGAUGUUGCUCUUAUUUCAAUGGACAGCAAAGGUAUCGAUAUCCGUGUCCGACAAGGUGCACAGUUCAACAUACAGAGGGUGCCCUUUGAGGUGGAUCACAGCGUCGAAACACUGGAUGAAGCCACUGAAGCGCUCAGGAGGAUAAUCAGCAAGUCUAGGUGGCACACAAAGAGCUCAGUCAUAGGACGCCCUUGAAAGCUGAAGCUGGAGGCUCUAUAGAACAGUUUGUACAGUGCGGCAGCAGUCUCUACUAUGGUAUGUGCCAAUAAGAGGAACUCCGUUCCAGAGUUUCGUCUACUGCCAAGGGCCUCGUGUUUGUGGGUGGGUUGAAUAAACACGCAAUUUGAGAUGACGCUGUUUUGACCAUGAAUUUAGAUUGAACGCACAACGGCAAAAAGGAUUUUAUGUGAAGUUGUCGAUGGGUUGAAAAAGAUGUGACCAUCUCUGACGGUCUGACCUGCUUCAUUCAUGAGGAAUUGAGGAUAAAGCACAUUUGAACAUGCGCAUGCCAUUUUGUUUUUA